GGGGGAGCAGGAAGUGGCGGUGCGAGGGCUGCUGCACAGCUAGCACACCCGAGGUCCGGACGGCAGCGCGUGCCCCGAGCUCUCCGCCUAUCCCCGCCCGCCUGCCCGAGCCCAGCCCGCGGCCCCAAGCAGCAGUGCCGACAGCAGCCCCAGCAGCAACGCCAUGGCCGGGUGGAACGCCUACAUCGACAACCUCAUGGCGGACGGGACCUGUCAGGACGCGGCCAUCGUGGGCUACAAGGACUCGCCUUCCGUGUGGGCCGCCGUCCCCGGGAAAACCUUCGCCAACGUCACGCCAGCUGAAGUCGGUGUCCUGGUUGGAAAAGACCGGUCAAGUUUUUUUGUAAAUGGGCUGACACUUGGGGGCCAGAAAUGUUCUGUGAUCCGGGACUCACUGCUACUGGAUGGGGAAUUUACCAUGGAUCUUCGUACCAAGAGCACUGGUGGAGCCCCUACGUUCAACAUCUCUGUUACCAUGACUGCCAAGACGCUAGUCCUGCUGAUGGGCAAAGAAGGUGUCCAUGGUGGUACAGUCAACAAGAAAUGUUAUGAAAUGGCUACCCACCUGCGGCGUGCCCAGUACUGACCUCAUCUGUCCCUUCCCACCAUUCCCUGACCGCUUUUGCACCCGCCCCCUUUCGCGUACACCAUUUUUAUUUUGGGGGCCAUUACCCCAUAUCCUUUAUUGCUGCCAAAACCACAUGGGCUGGGGGC